AUGACAAUUAUUAUUUAUACAAGAUUUUUACGAGAAUUUCGUGUUGAUAAGAUUCGUUUACAUGAAGUACAAGAAGUAUUGGAAGUUGCAUCGACAAAAACAAAAAUGAAAGAUCAAAAAAAUAUUGCUAAAUAUAAAACAGAACAUGUUUGUUAUUUGACACCUCCUCAAGGUUUUUAUUUUGAUAAAAUGAAAGAAUAUGCUGACAGACUUCCUACUGUUGGACUUUUACCAAAUUGGGAACGUGUAAUUAAAAAUGAAGUACCAAGCUUACUUAAAAAAAAAUAUCCAGUAUCAUUCAAUAAUCUCUUGAAUGAUACAAAAAAUUUUCAUUUUAAUAUAAUGCAUGAAAUUGGAUUAAAAAGUGUUAUAUCAAGAGAAUUUGAUUGGAGUGAUUUAGAGGAUGCUCCAUUUAAAUAUGACGGUCAAACACCCCAUCGACCUAGAUAUCUUGAUAAUAGAAAUAAAGUUGCAUCAAAAUAUUUUUUAUCACAUAAAUUAAUUAAAAAUAUUUUUUUAUAUUCAUACACAGAUUUACCAGAAUAUGUAUGUGAUUUUAAAAUUUAUAAAAAACAAGGUUACAUUGAUACAUCUGAAUUUUUUAAAAAUAUUGAUAUUAAUAUUAAAAAUACAAAAACAAUUAUGACAAAUAAAUAUUAUGCACAUAUUGUUAAAUUAGUAACAACUAAAAGAUACUUUAAUGAUGUACCAAAUGAAUUAUUAAAAUCAUUUUUAAAAUGUGCAUCAAAAUUAUUAGCAUUGCAAAUUAUCAAAUUUUUAAUAUCAAGUAUUAAUCAUUUGAUGAAUGUUUUAAAUGAUUUUAUGCAUCGUCCAUUAUUGAGAUUAGAAUUAAAAUGUGAAAAUAAUGAAUUAUAUUAUAAUCUACGUAAAAGCAUAAUCUAUGAUAAUUUUCAUGAAAUUAUUAAUAAAAUUUCAAACAUUGGUGCUUCAUUGCCAACAUUAGAAUCUUGGUUAGAUAUUAAAACUGAAAAUGAUACAAUUUCUGCAAUAGUACCUGAUUGGUUUAUUGAAAAAUCACAUGAACAAUUGACCGAUAUUUUAGAAUAUCUAAUGGAGCCUCUAAAUUCUUAUAUUGAUAAAUUUGAAAGAUAUUUUAAAAUUGUUUAUGAUAAAGAUACUAAAAAAAACUUGGAAAUUUUCAUUGCUGAAAAUAAAAAUUCACGUGAUUGUGAAGCUAAAGUUGAAUUAUUUAAUAAUUUUAUUAGAGAUAUUAAUGGCAUGACGAGAAAUGAAUAUUUAGGAAUGUUUAUAUUGGGACAAAAUUAUGCUAAAGAUGAGCUAAAAAAUUAUGCACAAAUAAUUAGAAAACAUAUUAUAUUUGAAUUACGAAAAAGACAUUAUAAUUUUAAUAUUGAAAUUUGUAAUAUUUUUGAAAAUAUUAAAAAAAAAGCAUUAAAUAUUCCAGAUGAGACAAAAGAUUUGCUUGAAUUAGGUAAAUAUAUGAUUUAUGUAACGACAAUUUUACUACCAGAAUUAAAUGAAAAAAUAAAUUUAUCAUUAUCAAUGACAACAAAUUUAUUAGAAAUGAUAAAUCUUGAUAAAUAUCAUCUUCAAUUAAACAAUGAAACAGUUAAUUGGCUUGAAAAUAUAAAGCCAAUAAUUGAACAAAGUAAUUCAAUAUAUGAACAAGCAAAAUUUGAACAUGAAGAAAAUUUACAAAGUCAUAUUAAUAAUAUUAAUUGUAAAAUUGAAGAAAAAUUUAUGGAUUUAAUUGUUUUAAAUAACAUGAAUGAUAUAAAUUUAAUUCAUAAUUAUAUUGAAUAUAUAAGAUCAUUAAUUGUUGAUUUAAAAAUAAAAGAAGAAGAAAUAAAAUGGAUUAAUAAUGAAGAAGAUUUAUUUGGUUUUCCACAAACAAUAUAUCCAAGAAUAAAAGAAUUAAAAGACAUAAUAAUACCAUUUUAUGAAUUAAUAUAUGGUGGAUUAUGCUGGAAAAGAAAUUGUAAUGCAUGGCUUGAUGGACCAUUUGAAUAUUUAGAUGGUAAUUUAAUUGAUAAUAAAACAACUGAAUAUUUUACUGAUUUUACAAAAAUAUAUAAAAUAUAUAGAACUAAAAUUAAAAUGCAACUUGCUGUUGAUUAUCCAUAUACAUUUAGUGGUUCACCAGAUGAUCCAGAUCCAUCACAACAACCAUCACCAAUGAGAUUAUGUUAUCAAUUAUUAGAAGAUAUUAAAUGGUUUAAAUAUUAUGUACCAAUUUUUAUUUGUUUUUGUAAUAAAGCACUUAGACAAAGAAAUUGGGAUGAGAUGUCAAUUGUUGCUGGUUAUGAUAUAACACCAAAUGCUGGUACAACAAUUAGAAAAUUAAUAAAUAUGAAUUUAAUGAAUGACAUUGAUAAAUAUGAAAUGAUAAGUACAAGUGCAAGUAAAGAGCUAGCACUUAAAGAAUUACUUGAUAAAUUAAUCCAUGAUUGGGAUGAUGUAUUAUUUACAACAAUGUUAUAUAAAGAUUCUGGUGUAUCAAUAUUAACACAAGUUGAUGAUAUACAAUCAUUAUUAGAAGAACAUAUUGUUAAAGUACAAGCAAUGAGAGGUUCAGCAUUUGUUAAACCAAUUGAAAAUGAUGUUAAAUUAUUUUAUGAUUUAUUAUUAAGAAUACAAUGUACUAUUGAAGAAUGGACAAAAGUACAAGUACAAUGGAUAUAUUUAUUACCAAUAUUUUCAAGUAAAGAUAUUGUUGCACAAUUACCAGAAGAAGGAAUAAUGUUUGAUGAAGUUAAUUUAACAUUUAAAAAAGCUAUGGAUAAUGUAUUAAAAGAACCACAUGUUAGAGAAACAGCUGGUUCAAUUGGUUUAUAUGAAAUAAUGAAAAAUUCAAAUGAACUUAUGGAAAAAAUUAAUGAUGGUGUUACAAAUUAUCUUGAAAAAAAAAGAUUAUAUUUUCCACGUUUUUUUUUUUUAAGUAAUGAUGAUAUGUUAGAAAUAUUAUCAGAAACAAAAGAUCCAUUAAGAGUACAACCACAUUUAAAAAAAUGUUUUGAAGGUAUUUCAAAACUUGGUUUUAAUAAUGAAUUAGAAAUAUAUUCAAUGUUUAGUGAUGAUAAUGAACAAAUUAAAAUGCAAAAUAUUAUAUCAACAAAAGAUGCUAGAGGUUGUGUUGAAAAAUGGCUUGUACAAGUUGAAGAACAAAUGAUUAAUUCAAUAAAACAUCAAAUAUAUUUAAGUUAUUUUGAUUAUGAAAGACGUAAAAAUCGAGUUAAAUGGUCAUUAAUAUGGCCAGGACAAGUUAUACUAUGUGUAUCACAAAUUUUUUGGUGUAUUGAAGUACAAAUAUGUUUACGUGUACAAGCAACUUGGGCACUUGAAACAUAUUAUAACAAUCUUAAAGAUCAAAUGUCUGAAAUGGUUAAUCUUGUUAAAGGAAAAUUAACAAAACAAAAUCGUACAACUCUCAAUGCAUUAAUAACAAUUGAUGUUCAUGCACAAGAUGUUGUUAAAUUAUUAAUUGAUAAACAAAUUACUGAUGACAUGGAUUUCGAAUGGUUGGCACAGCUACGUUAUUACUGGGAGGAUAAUGUUCAAGUAAGAAUUAUCAAUGCAACUGUUCGAUAUGCAUAUGAAUAUUUGGGCAAUUGUCCAAGAUUAGUUAUAACACCAUUGACUGAUAGAUGUUAUAGAACUCUUAUUGGUGCAUAUUCAUUACAUCUUAAUGGUGCACCAGAAGGACCAGCUGGUACUGGUAAAACAGAAACAACAAAAGAUCUUGGACGUGCAAUUGCUGUACAAUGUGUUGUAUUUAAUUGUUCUGAUGGUCUUGAUUAUAAAAAUAUGGGUAAAUUUUUUAAAGGUUUAGCAUCAUGUGGUGCAUGGGCAUGUUUUGAUGAAUUUAAUAGAAUUGAACUUGAAGUAUUAUCUGUUGUUGCACAACAAAUACUUUGUAUUGUACAAGCUGUACGUGGAAAUUUAGAUAAAUUUAUAUUUGAAGGAACAGAAUUAAAUUUAAAUUCAUCAGUAUAUGUUUGUAUAACAAUGAAUCCUGGUUAUGCUGGUCGUUCAGAACUUCCAGAUAAUCUUAAAGUAUUAUUUAGAACAGUUGCAAUGAUGGUACCUGAUUAUGCAAUGAUUGGUGAAAUAUUUCUUUAUUCAUCUGGUUUUAGUAGUGCUCGUAUUUUAUCUGUUAAAAUUGUAACAACUUAUAAACUUUGUUCAGAACAAUUAUCAUCACAAUCACACUAUGAUUAUGGUAUGAGAGCAGUUAAAACAGUUUUAACAGCUGCACAAAAUUUAAAAUUAAAAUAUCCAAAUGAUAAUGAAAUGAUUUUACUUUUACGUUCAAUAAUUGAUGUAAAUUUACCAAAAUUUUUAUCUCAUGAUGUUCCUCUAUUUGAAGGAAUAAUAUCUGAUUUAUUUCCUGGUAUAGAAUUACCAGCACCAAAUUAUGAUGUAUUAUUAAAUUCUGUAAAAAUAAUAGCUGAUAGAAAAAAUUUACAACCAGUUGAUGGUUUUUUAUUAAAAAUAAUUCAAACAUAUGAAAUGAUGAUUGUACGUCAUGGUUUUAUGUUAGUUGGUGAUCCAUUUGGUGGUAAAACAUCUGUACUUCAUACACUUGCUGAAGCAUUAACACUUAUGUAUGAAAAUGGUGAUAUUAAUGGUUCAAAAACAGAAUACACAACAAUAAAUCCAAAAUCAAUAACAAUGGGACAACUUUAUGGACAAUUUGAUCAAGUAUCAAAUGUAUUUGAAGAUGGUAUUUGUCCAGUUGCAUUUCGUAAUUAUUGUACUGAUGAUUCAUCAACAAGAAAAUGGUUAAUAUUUGAUGGACCAGUUGAUGCUGUAUGGAUUGAAAAUUUAAAUACUGUUCUAGAUGAUAAUAAAAAGUUAUGUUUAACAUCUGGUGAAGUUAUGCAAAUGACAAAUGUUAUGUCAAUGAUAUUUGAAGUUAUGGAUUUAUUUCAAGCAUCACCAGCAACUGUAUCACGUUGUGGAAUGAUAUAUAUUGAAUCACAUGUUAUUGGCUGGCGUCCAUUUGUACAAUCAUGGUAUAAAACACUUGAUUCAAAAUUAACAAAUACAUAUAUGGAACUUAUUGAAGAUUUAUUUGAAUGGCUUAUUGAAACAUGUUUAGAAUUUGUACGUAAAAAAUGUAAGCUACAAAUUUAUUCUGGUCAAAUAAAUCAAGUUGUAUCAACAUUAAAACAUUUUAAAAUGUUUAUUGAUGAUGCAAUUGAAGAAAAUCCAAAUCAAGAAGAUGAUUUAAAUUUUUGGAUACAAGCAUCAAUGAUACUUGCUGUUGUUUGGGGUAUUGGUGGUACAUUAGAUAGUAAUUCAAUUGAAAAAUUUAAUAAUUAUUAUAUAUCAUUAUGGAAAAAUCAAAUUGAUGAAUUACCAAUACCUGAUAGUAUUUCUAAAAAUUUAAUAUCAUUACCAACUGAAGGAAUGAUACAUGAUAAUUAUUAUACAUUUAAAGGUAAAGGUUCAUGGAAAUAUUUUGGUGAUAGUGCUAAAAUUGAAAAAUUAAUUGAAACACAAAGUAUUGGACAAAUGAUUGUUCCAACAAUUGAUACUGUUAAAUAUCAAAAUUUAUUUUUACGUCAUAUUAAACAUCGUGAACGUUUUUUAAUAUUUGGUGAAACUGGUACUGGUAAAAGUUUUUAUAUGCAAGAUAUUAUGAUGAAUAAACUUGAACAAGAUAAAUAUUUACCAAAUUUAAUAACAUUUACUGCAAAUACAACAGCUGCACAAGCACAAGAACUUGUUAUAUCAAAAUUAUAUAAAAGAAAAAAAGGACAUUAUGGACCAAUGGGAAAUUCUCAUUGUAUUGUAUUUAUUGAUGAUGUUAAUAUGCCAUCAAAAGAAAUAUAUGGUGCACAACCAGCAAUUGAAUUAUUACGACAAAUAUUUGAUCAUGGUUAUUGGUAUGAUUUAAAUGAACCAAUUAAAAUUAAAAUAUUUCAAACAAUGUUUUUAUGUUCAAUGGGUCCACCAGGUGGUAGUAGACAAGAUAUUUAUCAUAGAUUUUUACGUCAUUUUAAUUUAUUUACAAUAAAUCAAUUUUCAAAUGAUAGUAUUAUUAGAAUUUUUACAAAUAUUGCAACAGUUGGUUUAAAAAGAAAUGGUUUUCCAGUUAGUAUUAAUUUAAUUGUUAAUAAUUUAGUUAAUGCAACACUUGAUAUAUUUAAAACAUCAAUUGAUUAUCUUCGACCAACACCAGCUAAAUCACAUUAUUUAUUUAAUUUACGUGAUUUUUCAAGAGUCAUAACUGGUUGUGCAAUGAUUAAAAAAGAUUCUGUUGAAACAAAUACAACAUUUACUAAAUUAUGGGUACAUGAAAUAUUACGAGUAUUUGGUGAUCGUUUAGUUGAUGAAACUGAUCGUGAUUGGUUAUUUAAACAAAUUAAAAAAACUGUACAAAUAUAUUUAAAAGAAACAUUUGAUAAUGUAUUUGAUUAUUUGCCAAAAGAAAAUGAUCAAAUAACACAAGGUAGUUUAAAAAGUUUAAUAUUUGGUAAUUUUAUGAAUCCAGAUGCAAUACAAGAAGAUAGAUUGUAUGAAGAAAUUUCAUCAAUUGAAAGUUUUAAAGAUAUUGCAAUGCAAUCACUUGAUGAUUACAAUACAACACAUAGAAAUAAAAUGGAUAUUGUACCAUUUCGUUAUGCACUAGAACAUUUAGCAAGAGUUUGUCGUAUAUUAGCAACACCUGGUGGAAGUUUAUUGAUGGUUGGAGUUGGUGGAUCAGGUAGACAAUCAUUAACAAAAUUAGCAUCAAGUAUGAUGGGUUAUGAUAUAUUUCAACCUGAAAUUGGUAGUACAUAUGGAAUAAAUGAAUGGCGUGAUGAUAUUAAAAAUAUAUUAAGAAAAUCUGGUGGUAGUGGAAAUGAUGUUGUAUUUUUAUUUAAUGAAGGACAAAUAAAAGAAGAUGUUUUUCUAAGUGAUAUUGAUAGUUUAUUAAACUCGGGUGAAGUACCAAAUUUAUUUACAAUUGAAGAACGUCAAGAAAUUAUUGAAAUGUGUAGACUUGCUGCACAAGGUGGAAAUAGAACAAUUGAUAUAUCAUUAUUAUCUGUAUUAUCAUAUUUUGUUAAUCGUUGUAAAGAAAAAUUACAUAUUAUGUUAUGUUUUAGUCCAAUUGGUGAUACAUUUAGAACACGUUUAAGAAUGUAUCCAAGUCUUGUUAAUUGUUGUACAAUUGAUUGGUUUGAAAUUUGGCCAGAAGAUGCACUUGAACAAGUUGCUAUUAGAUUUACAACAGAUAUUAAUGUUAAUGAUGACAUUAAAACAAAAGCUGUUAUAGCAUGUAAAUAUUUUCAUAUAUGUGCUAAAAGUAUUAGUGAAAAUUUUUAUCAUACUAAAGGAAGAAAAACAUAUAUAACAUCAGCAGCAUUUUUAGAUUUAAUAAAAACAUAUGCACAACUUGUUGAAAAAAAACAAGAAGAAAUAAUUACAGCAAGAGAUAGAUAUUUAGGUGGUCUUGAUAAAUUAGCAUUUGCUGCACAACAAAUAACAAUAAUGAAAGAAAAAUUAAUAGCAUUAAAACCAGAACUUGAAAUUUCAGCAAAAAUAACAAAAGAAACAAUGAGCAAAAUUGAAAAAGAAAAUUUAAUUGUUGAAAAAGCAACAAUUGCUGUUAAAGCUGAUGAAAAAUCAGCAAAUAUACAAGCUGAAAUUGCAUCAAAUUUAAAAAAUGAAUGUGAAGCUGAUCUUGCUGAAGCAUUACCAAUUCUUGAUAAUGCACUUGCUGCAUUAAAUACAUUAAAACCAGCAGAUAUAUCACAAAUUAAAACAAUGAAAAGACCACCAGAAAUUGUUAAAUUAGUAUUAUCAUCAGUAUGUGUUAUGUUACAUGUACAACCAGAAAAAGUACUUGAUCCUGAUACAGGAAUAGCACGUUUAGAUUACUGGAAACCAACACAAAGAAUUCUUGGUGAUAUGAAAUUUUUAGAAAAUUUAAAAGAUUAUGAUAAAGAUAAUAUACCAAAUGAAACAAUUGAUAUUAUUAAAAAAACUUAUAUUAAUGAUCCAAAUUUUGAGCCAAAAAUUGUUGCAAAAGCAUCACAAGCUGCUGAGGGACUUUGUAAAUGGGUCAGAGCAAUGGUACUUUAUGAUAAAAUUGCAAAAAUUGUUGCACCAAAACGUCGUAAAUUAAAUGAUGCACAAAAAGAAUAUGAAGAUACAAUGGAAUUUCUUGAUAAUAGUAGAAAAAAAUUAGCUGAUUUAAAUGAUAAAUUAUUAAUAUUAAAAGAUAGCUAUAAUAAAACAUUAGAGAGAAAGAUAUAUUUAGAAAAUCAAGUUGUAUCAUGUAAAAAUCAAUUAAUACGUGCUGAAAAAUUAAUAAAUGGUCUAGGUGGUGAAAAAGAUCGUUGGUUAAAUUCAGCUAAAAAUUUACAAAUAUCAUAUGACACAUUACCAGGUGAUUUAUUAAUAUCAUGUGGUAUGAUUGCAUAUCUUGGUCCAUUUACAACAGCAUAUCGUCAUGAAAAUAUUGAAAAAUGGAUAAAAUAUGUUAAACAAUUAAAUAUACCAUGUUCAAAUAAUUUUGAUUUUGUUAAUAUAUUAGGUACAGAAAUUGAAAUAAAUUCAUGGAAUAUAUUUGGUCUACCAAGAGAUAUAUUUUCAACAGAAAAUGCAAUAAUAAUGAGUAAUUCAAAAAGAUGGAGUUUAUUUAUUGAUCCACAAAGUCAAGCAAAUAAAUGGAUUAAAAAUAUGGAAAAAUCAAGUGAACUUGAAGUUAUUAAAUUAACUGAUAAAAAUUAUAUGAAUAUUAUUGAAAAAUCAAUUGAAUAUGGUAAACCAGUAUUAAUUGAAAAUAUAUAUGAAAUUUUAGAUACACCAUUAGAUCCAAUAAUAACAAAAAAUAUAUAUAAAGUUGGUAAAGAAUGGUAUAUAACAUUAGGUGAAAAAACAUUAUUAUAUGAUACAAGAUUUCGUUUAUAUAUAACAACAAAAUUACGUAAUCCUCAUUAUUUACCAGAAAUAUUUAAUAAAAUAACAUUAAUUAAUUUUGCAUUGACAAUUGAAGGUCUUGAAGAUCAAUUACUUGGUAUUGUUGUUGGUAAAGAACGUCCAGAUUUACAAAAAAAAAAAGAAUAUUUAAUAAUUGAAGGUGCUAAAAAUCGUAAAUCAUUAAAAAAAGUUGAAGAUGAUAUAUUAAAAACUUUAUCAAUAUCUGGUGCAUCAAUAUUAGAUGAUGAAGAUGCAAUUGAAAUAUUAGAUUCAUCAAAAAUAUUAUCAAUUGGUAUUAUUAAAAAACAAGAAAUAGCUAAAAAAACAGAAAUUGAAAUUAAUAUAUCACGUCAAAGUUAUAAACCAAUUGCAACACAUUCAUCAUCAUUAUAUUAUACUGUUACUGAUUUACCAAAUAUUGAUCCAAUGUAUCAAUAUUCAUUAACAUGGUUUAUAAAUCUUUAUAUAUUAUCAAUUGAAACAGCAAAUAAAAAUAGAUUUUUUGAUAUUAGAUUAAAAAAUUUACGUGAUACAUUUACAUUUAUGUUAUAUGAAAAUGUUUGUCGUUCAUUAUUUGAAAAAGAUAAAAUAUUAUAUUCAUUUGUACUUUAUACAACAAUAUUACUUGCUGAUAAUAAAAUAACAAAAGAUGAAUUAUUAUUUUUUUUAACUGGUGGUGUAUCAAUUGGUAAAAUGGAAAUUAAUCCAGCAUCAAAUUGGCUAACUGAUAAAUCAUGGGAUGAAAUAAUACGUAGUAAACAAUUAAAAUCAUUUGAAAAAUUUUCUACCCAUUUUAAAGAUAAUUUAAAUGAAUGGAAAAAUUUUUAUGAUUCAAUGACACCAGAAAUAAUUAAUUUACCAAAACCAUGGAAUGAUACAUUAAGUGAAUUUCAAAAAUUAAUUAUAUUACGAAUGAUUAGACCAGAUAAAGUUAUACUUAAAAUUAUAAAAUUUAUUGAAAAUGGAAUGGGUAAAAAAUUUGUUAUACCACCACCAUUUAAUUUAAUUAAAUCAUAUAAUGAUUCAAAUUGUUUAAUGCCAUUAAUAUUUAUAUUAUCAACUGGUUCUGAUCCAAUGGAUGCACUAUCAAAAUUUGUUGAUGAUAUGAAUUAUACAUUAAAAUUUGAUUCAAUAUCAUUGGGACAAGGACAAGGACCAAUUGCACAAAAAUUAAUUGAAAAUGCACAAAAAAAUGGAUCAUGGAUUUGUUUACAAAAUUGUCAUCUUGCUGUAUCAUGGAUGCCAAUACUUGAAAAAUUAUGUGAAAAUUUUGAUCAUACAAAUACAAAUAAAAAUUUUCGUUUAUGGUUAACAUCAUAUCCAUCAGAUAAAUUUCCAAUUUCUGUACUUCAAAAUGGUAUUAAAAUGACAAAUGAACCACCAACUGGUUUACAACAAAAUUUAAUGAGAUCAUAUACAUCAGAACCAGUUAAAAAUACAGAUUUUUUUUAUGGUUGUCAUGAUAAAAAUAUUAUAUUUUCAAAAUUAUUAUAUGGUUUAUGUUUUUUUCAUGCAUUGGUACAAGAAAGAAGAACAUUUGGUCCACAAGGAUGGAAUAUUAAAUAUGGUUUUAAUGAAUCAGAUUUUCAAAUAUCUGUUAAUCAAUUACAAAUAUUUCUUAAUCAAUAUGAUAAAGUACCAUUUAAAGCUAUAUUAUAUUUAACUGGUGAAUGUAAUUAUGGUGGUAGAGUAACUGACGACAGAGAUAGAAGAUGUUUAUUAACAAUAUUAAAUGAUUUUUAUAAUGAAAAUAUUAUUCAUGAUGAAAACUAUAUUUUUUCAAAUGUUGGAAAUGAAUAUUCUCUUCCAAAAAAAUUUGAAUAUCAUGAUUAUAUUAAACAAAUUGAGGUCAUACCAAUGAAUCCACCACCAGAAGUUUUUGGUUUACAUAUGAAUGCUGGAAUAACACGUGAUCUUGAUGUAUCAAAAACUUUCUUUGAUUCAAUGAUAAAUAUUCAGGGCACUGUGGUUAUUGGUGAUACAUCAAAACAAGAUGAGUUAUUGUUGUCAUUAAAGAAUGACAUUUAUCAACGACUACCUGAUUAUUUUGAUAUUGAAGAAGUACAAAAAGCAUAUCCUGUUUUGUACAUGGAAUCAAUGAAUACUGUAUUGAUUCAAGAAAUGGAAAGAUAUAAUAAACUUCUUAAAGAAAUACGUAGUUCAUUGGAAAUGCUUGAAAAAGCAAUUCAAGGAUUAAUUGUUAUGACACCAGAUUUAGAGAUUUUAUCUAUAUACAUAUUAAAUGGUAAAAUACCACCAACAUGGAUCAAAGCAAGUGCAUAUCCAAGCCUAAAACCACUUCCAAGUUUUAUCAAUGAUUUUAUAAAAAGACUUGAAUUUUUUGAUAAUUGGAAAAAAUAUGGUAAACCAUUGACUUUUUGGAUAUCUGGAUUUUCAUUUGUUCAUGCAUUUUUAACUGGUGCAACACAAAAUUUUGCUAGAAAAUAUAAAAUAUCAAUUGAUAAAAUUGGAUUCGACUAUGAGGUCAUGCCAGCAUAUGAAUUAAAUGAAUCUCCAAUUGAUGGUGUUUAUGUAUAUGGAAUGUAUUUAUCAGGUGCCAAAUGGGAUAUGAAAAAAAUGCAAUUAUCCGAGAGUAAUCCAAAGGUACUUUGGGAUAUAAUGCCAAUAAUUUGGUUAAAGCCAAGUGAAAUAACACUUAUUGAAAUUAGAAAACGAUAUGAGUGUCCAUUGUAUAUAACAUCAGCUCGUUUUGGAACACUCAAAACAACUGGCCACUCGACAAAUUAUGUUUUAAUGAUUAUGCUUGAUACUGGUUUGCCAGUUAGUCAUUGGAUUAAGAGGGGUCUUGCUCUUCUAUGUCAAUUGGAUGAUUAAAAAAUCGCCAAAUCUAUCUUCUAUUUUAUAAUUUCACUAUUUUUUUUUUUUAUCCUUUCCUUUUAUAAUAUUCCAAAAAAAUAAAAACAAAAAACAA